AUGACGAUUUCGACAACUUCUCUACCGAUACUCCCCGGAAUUCAUGGAAAUGAAACGUUUAUAAAUUUUGAAUUUUCUUUCUUCACUCUUCCAAUGUUUCUGCUCAUCUUUCCAGUUCUAUACAUGCCCAUCACUUUUAUCGUUAUGCUACGAAUUUUAGUAAAGUUAAAGUAUGCGAUGAGAGAUAAAAAUAUAAAUGUUCCUUUAUUUACUGCAAUAAGUAUUUCACAAUUAACGUGUGUCUUGUUUUUUAUCUUCGAUUUCGUGUACAUUCGUCUUAUGACUACCGGAAUGUUUACCAGUUGGUGUGCAAGUGUUUCACCAAAUCAUUAUCUUAUGGUACUUUAUAUUUCCACAUAUUAUGUGAAUUAUGCAAACAUGAUAUUCCCUUUUUUGGUGUCCACAAUGAGAUUGGUCCUAAUAGCUUACCCUCAAAGACAGGAAAAGAUUAAUCGAGUUAUACUAAAAUCAGCGCUUCCGUUCAUUUUAAUUUAUCCAAUGUUCUUCACAUUCUUCAUGUGGCCGGCAGUUGGUUAUUGUGUAGCGGCACAGGGGCCGUUUCCACACGGGUCUAUAAUUAUCGGUUUUCGAGAAUCCUGGUUUGGGUUGAAAAACAACUAUUUUCUACUAUUCAAUAAUCUUUUCUGGUUGUCGGCAAGUUUGAUCAAUAACUCGGUUCUUCUCGUAAAGCUUGCACAUCUUAAGUCUACUACAGCAGCCCACACAAGAUCCCAAAAGUCUCACAAAGCAGAGGUCUCUCUCACAGUCACCACUGUAUCUAUGAUUUGCUCAUAUCUAUCAAACUCCAUGAUUGUGAUUGCUGCUCAACUUGGAAUUGAAUAUUCCUAUUACGCCAUUAUGCUUCGACCUUUUGGAAAUGACCUGGAAACAUGCAUGGUGUCAUGGGUAUUCUACUUGACGCAUCCAGUUUUUCGACGCAAGUCAGUGGCUGUCGUACAAGUGUCUCAACAUGUUAGAUUGAAUUCUCCGUCAAAAGUUGUUAAAUUUUAAAGAUAAAGUUU